AUGGCACGAAAGAUUGACGCCUCUCAACUAUAUCUCUCAUACCUACCAAGCUUAGAUACCUCGACAUGGGCGCUGACACUUCACAAAGAACGUCAACAUUACGCUGAUCUGCGACAAAAGUAUAUAACUAGUCCAGCUUCGGAUUCUGAAAAUGAUAGUACAAACGAUUUAGCGGUGAACAAUCCAUUAUCGUUGGAUCAGGCUAAUCCGUGGCAAGAGUAUUUUAAGGAUACAGAACUACGAAAGAUCAUCCGUCAAGAUGUGGAACGCACGUUUCCGGACAAAGAGUAUUUCCGGUCAUACACAUGUCAAACUCGUUUACUAGAUAUCUUAUUUAUUUACUGUAAAAUGAAUCAAGAUGUUUCCUAUCGCCAAGGCAUGCAUGAGCUAUUGGCACCGAUUUUAUGGGUGGUGGAUUACGAGAGUUUACCCAGCGGCCGAGGAUACGCCAUGGACAGCAGCGAAGAUACGAUAAUAAAACAGGCUCUAAAUGCAGAUUUCGUUGAGCACGACACAUUUGCUCUAUUUUCCUUACUAAUGAAGUCUGCCAAAGUCUAUUAUGAAUAUAACGACGAGGUGUUUAAUAGAAGACCUAUAAAGCGUCCGCAAAGUUCAGAUAUUGAAAAUGCUAGAAUAAUAGCCACCGCUCAAGCAGAGGCCGCGAAACUUACGCCGGUGGUCAUGAAAUGUAAUAAAAUCCACGAGGAAUAUCUACGAAAAGCGGAUCCGGAAUUAUAUAAUCAUCUCAAAGGGUUGGAGAUUGAACCUCAAUUAUAUGGAAUACGGUGGAUACGAUUGUUAUUUGGCCGUGAAUUUCCCCUCGAUCAAGUACUGCUAUUAUGGGAUGGAAUGUUUUCCGAGGAUCCCACGCUACGAAUCGUUGAUUUUGUAUGCGUGGCCAUGAUGUUACUUAUUCGAGACGAGCUUCUCGAAAGUGAUUACGCAGGAUGUCUCAGUAUGUUGAUGCGAUACCCACCUGUCUCGGAUGUAGACUUUUUAGUAAAACAAGCAAUAUUUCUUCGGGAUCAUAUGACAACCGACGGUGGUGCUCAAAUAAUUCUGCAAAAUGCAAUUCGAGCGGGUAAAUCUAUCUCAGCACAUAUUACUACCACUGCUGGUGAUCGUGAUUCAAAUCGAAAUUCCACCUCGAGUGGUUCGUUGGACGUUCUGGUUCCGGAUGGAUUUGUACAUGUUACCAAAAAUGUGCUAGAAAGCCGAAGUGCUGUCGCACUUAACAAGGCGAUUCUCUCUGCUGUUGGGGAAGUAAAGGUUAGUAAAGAUAAACGAAAACUAAAUUUUAAAUCGAAUUGGCUGUUUAUCGACUUAAUCGAUUUUACACGAUCGUUAAAUAAUUUACAGAAAAAUGUGCUUAGACGUCCAGAACAUUUAUCUCAUGAAAGUCGUAAACGUGCCUCAGAUUUUCCAUCCAGAUUUGGGAAUUCUAUUCCAAACAAUCACCAACAGCAGCAACAGCAACGAGAAUCUGCUACUGUCGAUACAUCAUCAUCUGCUGCUGAACUUGCCCGAUUACGCGAACAAAACCGACAGAUGGCCGGUGUUGUAUCAAAAAGUAUUGAAUUACUUGAGCAAGAACUUUUUGUUCGACAAAAAAAUCGAGAGAUACAAAAUCUAGCAGAGCAAGAAAAAAUUGAAAAAAGCUCAGAUAGGUCUCGUUCAUCAUCAUUUGACGAUGUUAUUAGCAGCAAUGAAGAAAAUUCGGCACUCACUGCAAAUGAGAUCUCUAUUCUUCACGCGUUGACAGGCCUCAAGCAUGUUCGAGAUGUAUUGGAUGGCACUACACGAGAUUUUAAUCCAGGCGUAUUUUAUGGUUCUAAUCACAGUGCAGGCAGUACAGGUGAAGAACAUGAUCACUGGGAAGUUGUUGAUGAUGAAGUCAGCGUGGUAAGCGUAUUAAGUACCACUGGGGAAGAUGACGAAACAAGUUCUACUACUGCAAAAGAUGUAAUCCAAUCAAAACAUGAAAAAAUUUUGUCUGUUACAAAUUCUCAAAGGUCAACAUUAUCAAAUAAUGAUGUAUUUUCAAUAUCCAAAUCUGUUCCAAGAACUCCAUCGCCUCCAGUUACAUCUCACACAUCAAGUCAUAAUGACACAAAACACGUGUCAAAGAAAAGUUCUUCCGAUUCUAUAGUAAAUAAUUCCGCGUUCACCACCAAUACCAAUGUUCGGACGCGUGUUUCUGCUAACUCCACAUCUUCAACAACAAAAGGUACACGGCCUCAAUCGAUUGUCUCUUCCAAACCUAAAUUGAAUUUAGAUGAUGUUCUCAAGGACGUGGCAAAUAGUGAACCUCAGGGCAAACUUAGUCUACCAAAAGCUACCAUCUCUUCCAAUUCCAAAUAUAGUUGGAUGGUAGAAGGAUCGGAAAAUGACGAAAAUUCAUUAUUUAGUCCAAAACGUGGAAAUCCGACUGGAUCAAUAAACAGAAGCUCCGAAGAUGAUAUCUUUAGUCAGCCUCCAUCUUCACCAAAACAACGACGCGUAAGCAAUGUUCGGAGUUCAAUGUCAACUAAUACCACCUCUUUGGCCACUAAUAGAAUUAGUCUUGAUUUGAAUGAUCCAGUGGAUCCACUUAGCGCUACAAUUAAAAAUAGUGCUACUAGCAGAGAUAGAAGUGGAAGUGUAGGCUCAACAUCAUCGUUUGACAGUACACGAUUGAAAAGCGGUGUCACCGCCACCUCUAUUGUGCCAACAUCUAAACACACAGAAGACCCGUUGGGCGUUUUGUGA